AGGCUACAGCCCAAAGCACAGUGUGAAGUGGCCAACCCUCGCCAUCGCAAAUGGAGUCGCUAGCUUCUUCUGCUACAGUUCAACUGCUGUCGCCGCCGUCUGGCCUCUCAAUAAACACCACUCCCAAACCUAGAAACUCAGUCGCUUUCAAACAUAGAAGCAAGCAGGUGUGGUGCACCUCCUCUUCAACCAUGAAGACAUCGGCCACUGAUCCUUCUACGAAGAAGGCCAAGGAGGCAAAGCUUUGGGGCGGACGCUUCGAAGAGGGCGUCACGGACGCGGUCGAGCGCUUCACCGAGUCCAUUUCUUUCGACAAGGCUCUCUACAAACAAGAUAUUAUGGGGAGUAGGGCUCAUGCCUCAAUGCUUGCUCACCAGGGAUUGAUCAGUGUUAGUGAUAGGGAUAGUAUUUUGCAAGGUCUUGAUAAGAUAGAGAGGCGCAUUGAAGAUGGUGAGUUUGUGUGGAGGACUGACAGGGAGGAUGUGCACAUGAACAUUGAAGCAGCACUUACUGAUUUGAUUGGUGAGCCUGCGAAGAAGCUUCACACAGCUAGGAGUCGUAAUGAUCAAGUCUUGACUGAUUUUCGCCUGUGGUGUCGUGAUGCUAUUGAUAACAUUGUUGCUCACAUCGAACAUCUUCAGGUUGCAUUAGUUACCUUGGCUAUGAAGAAUGAGAACUUGAUUGUUCCUGGUUAUACACACCUACAAAGGGCACAACCAAUUUUGCUGCAGCAUCUUCUCUUAGCGUAUGUUGAGCAGCUUGAUCGUGAUGCUGGUCGUCUACUGGAUUGCAGACAGAGGCUGAAUUUCUGCCCCCUAGGUGCAUGUGCAUUGGCUGGCACUGGCCUUCCCAUUGAUAGGUUUAUGACUUCGCAUGAUUUAGGAUUCAAUGCUCCCAUGAGAAACAGCAUUGAUGCAGUUUCAGACCGAGAUUUUGUGUUGGAGUUUCUUUCUGCUAAUUCCAUCACAGCCAUUCAUCUUUCUCGGCUUGGUGAAGAAUGGGUAUUGUGGGCUUCAGAGGAAUUUGGAUUUCUCACCCCAAGCGACUCUGUUUCAACCGGAAGUAGCAUAAUGCCUCAGAAGAAAAACCCAGAUCCCAUGGAACUGGUUCGUGGAAAAUCUGCUAGAGUUGUAGGAGAUCUGGUUACACUUCUCGUAUUGUGCAAGGGCCUUCCACAUGCCUAUAAUCGUGAUUUGCAGGAAGAUAAAGAACCUACAUUUGACAGCACUAAGACAAUAAUAGGGAUGCUUGAAGUGUGUGCUGAGUUUGCACAGAACAUUACCUUUAAUCGUGAGAAAAUAAAAAAAGCAUUACCUGCUGGUCAUCUUGAUGCCACAACACUUGCAGACUAUCUCGUGAAGAAGGGAAUACCCUUCAGAACUUCUCAUGACAUAGUUGGAAAGUCUGUUGCCUUGUGUGUCUCAAAAAAUUGCCAACUCCAGGACCUGAGUCUUGAUGAAUUGAGAAGCGUAAAUCCAGUGUUUGACGAGGAUGUAUACGAGUUCCUCGGAGUAGAAAACGCAGUAAAGAAAUUCUGCUCAUAUGGUUCCACAGGUUCAGAAUGUGUUGCAGAACAACUUGACUUCUGGGUUACUAAGCUUCAAAUCAACACAGCUGGACAUAAAUAGUGAAUGGUGCCAGAGAUCAGUACGUUGAAGGGGAAUGCUUGUUACAUUUGAGAAACCUUCACAAUAACUUUUAAUGGGCACAGCGGAGGGCACCAAAGAACUUGGCAGUGAUGUUGUAAUGCUCAGGAAACUGAAAUAUUGCUAUUACAAGGAAAGAACUGCUGUUGGUGCUGAUCAAAAAACAAACAACGAAGAACUGCUGUUAUGAAAUUAAAGCUUAUUUUAAUCUGAGAGUUCUCAAAACAACCUCAGCUGGCAUAACAUUUUGUGACAUUUCCAUUUGUAGUUUGCCACUGUUUAAUUGGGUUUGUAGUAUUUGUGUUGAGGUGGUGUUGGUUUUGUAGAUUGGAGAUUUUUUUUCUUUAAAAAAAAAAAAAAAAUGGAAAAUGUUUGACUUCAUCCUCCAAGGAGACCUAUAAUGAAUUGGGAUAUAGUUUUCAA